AUGGAGCCCCAUGCACCAUCUCGAGGCCAAGCCGAAAGUUCUACUCUGUCUAGUGGAAUAUCAGUAGGUAGCAGUGAUGGUUCUGAACUAAGUGAAGAGACCUCAUGGCCUGCUUUUGAAAGUUCUGCAGAAUCGGAAGAUUUGGCAGUACAUUUAUAUCCAGGAGCUGUUACUAUUCAAGGUGUUCUCAAGAGAAAAACUUUGUUAAAGGAAGGCAAAAAGCCUACAGUAGCAUCUUGGACAAAAUAUUGGGCAGCUUUGUGUGGGACACAACUUUUUAACUAUAUUGCCAAAUCUCUAAAAGCUACAGAAAGAAGACAUUUCAAAUCCACAUCAAAUAAGAAUGUGUCUGAAGUAGGAUGGAUGGUGAUGAUCGCUGAUGACCUGGAACAUCCUGACCUCUUCCUACUGACUGACUCUGAGAAGGGAAAUUCAUACAAGUUUCAAGCUGGCAAUAGGAUGCACGCAAUGCUGUGGUUUAAGCAUUUGAGUGCUGCCUGCCAAAGUAACAAACAACAGGUUCCUACAAACUUGAUGAUUUUUGAGUAA